GGCAGUGUGCGCGCUUUAGCACAGAAAAGUUGGAUGAAACUCUAAAGGCAGAGGAAGUAAAUUUGACUUUUAUUUUUAAAUGCUAAAUAUCUGGCCACAAACCGUGCCUGAGCUGACUGAAAACCAUAACAAUACUCUCACAAUGGAGAAGCACCUACGCCUUCUUGUAGGCUUUCGAGUCUAAAGUGUUUUUUUUUUCCUGUCGACAAUGAGGUCACCACUUCAAAAAACCUUGAAUUUCAGCGUUUUAGUUACACAAACUGUUGUCUAAAUACAUUUAAUCGAGGUUGAUAUGCUAGUCUGUUUUUGCUCUUGACUCAUGUCUCAGUAGUCUGAGCGUAGUAGUAUAGCAUAUAAUAAUUGAUUGACUAGCUUAGCCUAUAUGUGCAGUGUGAAUAUCUGGACCUAUCUGCAGUUACUAUAAAUGGAGAGAAACGGUUUGGUGGAGCUACUAACAUUGAGAAGGGGGAACUGAUAUACCGGGAACAUUUCUUUUAAGACGCCUUUUUUUAUUUGUAUCAACUUGGUGAAUAAACCAUUGGUCAUGCGUCAUUACUUUGAUACGUGUUACACCGUUCUUAGGAUAGGUUUCCUAGUUUUAGUGUUCAAAUAUUGAAGCGCUUGGAGCUGCGUCAACCAAGCUCUUGGCCAGAGCGACUCUGCGCUCUCCCCCUGUGUUUGAAACGCGGAUGGAACAAUCCUCAACGCAGGGUGUGGAUUCGGUGCCGGCCAGAAAGGCUGGACAACAAGGAAUAAUAACUAAAGCAGGGAGAUUGACUUGAGCCUGGCUGUGGAGGAAACAACCUCGGCAAAGAAAAUUCCUACAAUUGGGAGAGACGAGGAGGAUCGUUUAAGAUUUUUUAAAUGAGAAAUAGAACGUUGAAGGACGGGGCUAACUGAAGAGAACUGUACACGGAAGCUACAAUUUAUAUGCGGAAUAAUAACUACGGUGACAGCUCAGGAUGGAAGUAGCCUAACAUCGUACCGCAAGCUAUCGUGUAUUUUCAACAGUUUUCCGUGAUGCAUUGAGAUAUUAUUAUUUAGAACUGAUGAGCAUUAAUUAGAUUCGAAAUCUUGCGUGUCGGUUUUUCUUUCUGAUUCGGGAUCACAGCUUAUGUUGGGACAACAGCGGGAGUGAGGUACACAUUGGAAAAUUAGCUUAAGUCAACUGUCAUUACUUGCAAGAAAGGACCGGACCGUGGGCUUUGCUGUUUUUUUCUCUGCUUGUUUUAAUAAAAGGUAACGGCGCACUGGUUUAACCAAAGCCUCUCCGAAACGAGGCAUUCUGUUUGAAAAUUGCCUCAUUUAAAGUCUCCAGUGACCUUUUUUCGGAGGCGGGGGGAACUACCCCCCGCCCCAGUCCCGAGAAACCGACACACACGGAUCGGCAAGAUUUCCCUCCUGAAAUGAUUAUGUGCCUGUAACAAAAAUUGCACUUCAGCACUUUGCUUCGUCGUUGUUUGUGCAUGCACGUCUUUGUUUCUUCGUCCAGCGCACGAAAACGUUUAUCACUAGCCGUACGUUGUUGUCGUUCGUGUUUUGAGCACCUUUUGAGCGCCACCUACUCACGCCACUUUGACCUGCCAGAGCACUAGGUCGCUUUUUGACAUCCGCGGACUUUGUUAGUUCGGUUACAGGGGAAAGGUUACCGGUUUUGUUUGUACCGGGGACGCCUUUGACACUUUUUUCUCUCAGUUGGAACUGCGCCCUGUCUGCCUAUCAGGAUCAAUCUGCAAGUUUAGAAGCAAGGUAAAAGGCAACAAAUCGUUGCCGUGCACCUGCUUCUUUUGACUGACUGACUUUCUGUAGGAUACAUACACAGACCAUAAGAACCUCUCGCUAUUUUUAGUGACAGUGAUGGGGUAAAUGGCGUUGAAAAAGAACACCCCCACCCUCAACCUCAGUCCACCAGCACUCCCAGGUUUAACUCUGGUCCUCGUGUCAGCUGCUGAAUUAUCUGGACCAGAAAACUGAAGUGGGACUCCUGUUUCAACCAGGCUCUGUGUCUCAUCAUCCUUGUCUACAAUUUAACAAGCUUAUCAGUGUUCAACUGGAUGGAAUAUGCUCAGUAUCAGUGGACAAUGAAACUAGCAACCAUACACGCAAAGCAAACUUUAGUAACCAAAUAAUUUCAUCCCAAUAUAAACAGAGAAAUAUAUAUAUGUAACAGAGUAUAUAUAAUAGAUAUAUAUUGCAGAUUCGUAGUUUGAAUAUGUAUAUUAUAUUUUUAUGCUUAAAGUGAGCAUUGUUGCCUGAAACCCAAUCCAUUGCCUUAGAUUUACAGUAAUAAAGGGAAUAGCACGGACGUAGUGAAACAGUGUUUGAAGUAACUUAAUGGUGCCUUUUCUGUUCAUCUGUUCCUUAAGUCUUGUCACUUCAGGAUUUCACUAGCGGUCAAGAAGUUGUUUUUUUUUGUUGUUUUUUGUUUAUUUUUGUGUGGUUGACUUUAGUUUAAAUCCUAAUAUUACUUGCCUUUAUGGCUCACACUUGAGUUUGAUUGGCACUGGAUGUAUCCUGCUGGACUGAAGAUUCACUGAAGCAUGUGGAAAGGAUUACUUUGUUCUUGAUGUCAAUGAAUUUUUCCAAAGUGUUUUUUUGACCACCCCCUUCCCCACAACAAACUUGAUUUGAUGUAAUUCUUUGAAGAUCACGGCUCAAAACAAAAGCAUUUCCGAUGGUGAUCACUUCGUCUGUGGAGGAGAAGCCACAGCCUUCUAACAGAAUGGUUGCAAACCUGUCGACCGAAUCCUGGAUUGGCAACCCAGAUCAAAGUCGCUACUUACCACAGUCUCAUCAGCUUCGAAAGCCAUCCAGAAGUGGAAGUAGCUCAGGAUGCAAGCCCCCCUCCUCUGCGCUGUGCCAGCCUGCCGCUCCCGGCUUCUCCCCCGCUGAGCUAACCAUGUCGAGCCAGCACACUCACCCCUCCUUUAGCAACAUCCAGUCCAUGGCCGAACAGCAGCAGGUGCUGUCCGAUAUGACCAUACUGCAGAGGAGGAUCCCCCCAAGUUUUCGAGACCCGGCCAGUGCCCCGCUACGAAAACUCUCCGUUGAUCUCAUCAAGACUUAUAAGCACAUCAAUGAGGUGUACUACACGAAGAAGAAGCGGCGUGCGCAGCAGGUUCCCCCUGAGGACUCUAGUACCAAGAAGGAGCGUAAGGUAUACAACGAUGGCUACGAUGACGAUAACUAUGACUACAUCGUGAAGAACGGGGAGAAGUGGCUGGACCGCUACGAGAUCGACUCGCUCAUUGGCAAGGGCUCCUUCGGGCAGGUGGUGAAAGCCUACGACCACCACGAGCAGGAGUGGGUAGCCAUCAAGAUCAUCAAGAAUAAGAAAGCCUUCCUGAACCAGGCCCAGAUCGAGCUUAGGCUCUUAGAACUCAUGAACAAACACGACACUGAGAUGAAGUACUAUAUAGUACACCUGAAAAGGCACUUCAUGUUCCGGAACCACCUGUGCCUGGUGUUCGAGCUCCUUUCCUACAACCUAUACGAUCUCCUGCGCAACACCAAUUUCCGUGGUGUCUCCCUCAACCUGACACGCAAGUUCGCGCAACAGCUGUGCACAGCGCUGCUCUUCCUGGCCACACCUGAACUCAGCAUCAUCCAUUGCGACCUGAAGCCCGAGAACAUUCUGCUGUGCAAUCCCAAGCGCAGCGCCAUCAAGAUCGUCGACUUUGGCAGUUCCUGUCAGCUUGGCCAGAGGAUUUACCAGUAUAUCCAGAGUCGAUUCUACCGCUCCCCUGAGGUGUUGCUUGGAAUGCCCUAUGACCUGGCCAUAGACAUGUGGUCACUGGGCUGUAUCCUGGUGGAAAUGCACACAGGGGAGCCGCUGUUCAGUGGCUCCAAUGAGGUGGACCAGAUGAAUAAGAUAGUGGAGGUUCUCGGGGUGCCUCCUAACCACAUGUUGGAUCAGGCCCCUAAAGCACGGAAGUACUUCGACAAGCUUUCCGACGGCCUGUGGACCGUCAAGAAAAACAAGGACAUAAAGAAGGUACUAUAUCCUUCAGCCUGUGAGUACAAGCCCCCUGCAACAAGACGUCUCCAUGAGAUCCUGGGGGUGGAGACGGGAGGUCCUGGUGGAAGGCGGGCCGGUGAGCAAGGCCACGCCCCCUGUGACUACCUUAAAUUCAAGGACCUGAUCCUCCGCAUGCUGGACUACGACCCGAAGACACGCAUUACGCCCUUCUACGCCCUGCAGCACAACUUCUUCAAAAAGACAACGGAUGAAGGCACCAACACCAGCAGCUCCACCUCCACGAGCCCAGCCAUGGACCACAGCCACUCCACCUCCACCACCAGCUCUGUCUCCAGCUCCGGUGGAUCUAGCGGUUCUUCCAAUGACAACCGAAAUUACCGGUACAGCAACCGAUACUACAACAGCGCCAUCACCCACACGGACUAUGAGAUGCAGAGCCCGCAGGCGCCGUCACAGCAGCAGCUCCGUAUCUGGCCUGGGGGCGAAGGGGGCAUGGGUCCGCUGUCGAACAGCGGUGGCGACGGCCCAUACCCGCAGCUCCUCCUGCACAAGCCCAGCGCCUCGCAGCACUCACGCCACUUCCUCGGCAACGUGGGGGGCAUGAUGGAGCCCCACCACCCCCACCCAGUCUAUGGCGGGCACCACGGCAAUGGCCGGCAGCUCCGCCAGCAGCCAGCCCAGCAGCAGCAGAGCCAGGCACAGGGCCAGACGCCCCAGGGCCCGCAAGGACAGGCUCUCAUGCCCGUCUCCUCACCCCAGAUGCAGGACAGCAUCGAGCUCAGUCUCACCCACCACCACCACCUGGCCCAGUCUUCCAUCGUGCAGCCUCCCCCAUCGAGCCUGGACUCCAGUCAGUAUGGCUCCUCCAACAUCCACCUGGGCCUCUCUGCGUUUCGGACUAGAACGGCCCUGGUCCCCCAGCCGCCGGCGGGCUCCUCGCAGCAGCAGCUGGCCCAAACCCCAGCCGCCCAGGACAGCAUGGUGCCUGCCUCCGGCCUGGGGUACAUCCCCCCGUGUUACCCCGGCAACAACAAUAACAACCCGCCCCAGGGAAGCGUCGGGGUAGGGGGCGGGAUGCUGACCAGUGCCCCGCCCAGGGGUGGCGGGGUGAGACCAGAUUCGGAAGAGUCCAUCAUGAUGGGCGUGUGUGGAAGUGGGGGGGGCAGCGGCCAGAGUGCAGCCAACUCUUGAUAAAUCUUGAACAAAUUCCAAAAGCCAUACAAAAAAUUUUAACAAAAACAUAAAUGAUUAAAAACACCACAUACACAAAUGCACACAAACACACACAUGUAGAACACAUAAAACAUUCUGACACAUAUGGCCACACAACAGAAUUACAGAGAAAAACUUGUGAAAUAUUAAAGGAUUUUUGUUUGUU